CCGUGGAGGAUUCCGUAGCUGUGGGAAGCGCAUGCGGAAGUGCGUGAUAACAAUCAGCAGUUGGUGUCAGUCACUGCCAGCAGCUGGUACUGAGUGUGAGCGGGACCUCACUCACUGAGUGUCACAGGGAGCCGGGAGGGCGCAGACAGUGACAUGGGGAAUGACUAGCAGCCCUCCAAACCGGCCUGGAGGGUCCAUCACACAGCAAGGAGACCCUCACCCAGCAAGGUAAGCAUCACACAGCAAGGAGACCCUCACACAGCAAGGAGACCCUCACCCAGCAAGGUGAGCAUCACACAGCAAGGGGAGCCAUCACACAGCAAGGGGAACCAACACACAGCAAGGGGAACCAACACACAGCAAGGGGAGCCAUCACACAGCAAGGGGGACCAUCACCCAGCAAGGGGAACCCUCACACAGCAAGGGGACCCUCACACAGCAAGGGGAACCCUCACACAGCAAGGGGAACCCUCACACAGCAAGGGGAACCCUCACACAGCAAGGGGAACCAACACACAGCAAGGGGACCAUCACCCAGCAAGGGGAACCCUCACACAGCAAGGGGAACCCUCACACAGCAAGGGGACCCUCACACAGCAAGGGGAACCCUCACACAGCAAGGGGAACCCUCACACAGCAAGGGGAGCCAUCACACAGCAAGGGGAACCAACACACAGCAAGGGGAACCAACACACAGCAAGGGGAACCAUCACCCAGCAAGGGGGAACCCUCACACAGCAAGGGGACCCUCACACAGCAAGCAAGGGGAACCCUCACACAGCAAGGGGAACCCUCACACAGCAAGGGGAGCCCUCACCCAGCAAGGAGACCCUCACACAGCAAGGAGACCCUCACCCAGCAAGGGGAACCAACACACAGCAAGGGGAACCAUCACCCAGCAAGGAGACCCUCACCCAGCAAGGAGACCCUCACCCAGCAAGGGGAACCAUCACACAGCAAGGGGGACCAUCACCCAGCAAGGGGAGCCAUCACACAGCAAGGGGACCCUCACACAGCAAGGGGAACCCUCACACAGCAAGGGGGACCAUCACCCAGCAAGGGGAGCCAUCACACAGCAAGGGGACCCUCACACAGCAAGGGGAACCCUCACACAGCAAGGGGAACCAUCACACAGCAAGGGGAACCAUCACACAGCAAGGGGAACCAUCACACAGCAAGGGGGACCAUCACCCAGCAAGGGGAGCCAUCACACAGCAAGGGGACCCUCACACAGCAAGGGGAACCCUCACACAGCAAGGGGAACCCUCACACAGCAAGGGGGACCAUCACCCAGCAAGGGGAGCCAUCACACAGCAAGGGGAGCCAUCACACAGCAAGGGGAGCCAUCACACAGCAAGGGGAGCCAUCACACAGCAAGGGGAACCCUCACACAGCAAGGGGGACCAUCACCCAGCAAGGGGGACCAUCACCCAGCAAGGGGGACCAUCACCAGCAAGGGGAACCAACACACAGCAAGGGGCAAGAGGAACCCUCACACAGCAAGGGGAACCCUCACCAGCAAGGGGGGGGGAACCAUCACCCAGCAAGGGGGACCAUCACCCAGCAAGGGGGACCAUCACCCAGCAAGGGGGACCAUCACCCAGCAAGGGGGACCCAUCACCCAGCAAGGGGAACCCAGCAAGGGGGACCCUCACCCAGCAAGGGGGACCCUCACCCAGCAAGGGGGACCCUCACCCAGCAAGGGGGACCCUCACCCAGCAAGGGGAACCAACACACAGCAAGAGGAACCCUCACCCAGCAAGGGGAACCCUCAUCACCCAGCAAGGGGAACCCUCACCCAGCAAGGGGAACCCUCACCCAGCAAGGGGAACCCUCACCCAGCAAGGGGAGCCAUCACCCAGCAAGGGGAACCCAUCACCCAGCAAGGGGAACCCAUCACCCAGCAAGGGGAGCCCUCACCCAGCAAGGGGGAGCAGGGACCAGGGAUACACACAGCACUGUCAACAAUCUCCCUGAACUAGGACUCCCAGCAUGCUCUCACUGAACUAGAACUCCGAGCACUUUCAACAAUCUCACUGCUCCCACUGAACUACAACAACUCCCAGCACUGUCAGCAAUUACACUGCUCCCAGCUACAACUCCCAGCAUGCUCUCACUACAACUCCCAGCACUUUCAACAAUCUCACUGCUCCCAGCAUGCUCUCACUGCUCCCACUGAACUACAACUCCCAGCACUGUCAGCAAUUACACUGCUCCCAGCUACAACUCCCAGCAUGCUCUCACUACAACUCCCAGCACUUUCAACAAUCUCACUGCUCCCAGCUACAACUCCCAGUAUGCUCUCACUGCUCCCACUGAACUACAACUCCCAGCACAUUCAAUAAUCCCACUGCUCCCAGCUGCAUCUCACUGAUCUCACUACAACUCCCAGCAUGCUCUCACUGAACGUUAACAAUCUCAUUGCUCCCACUGAACUACAACUGUCAGCAGUCCCACUGCUCCCACUGAACUACAACUCCCAGCACUGUCAGCAAUCCCACUGAUUUCCCUGAACUACAACUCGCAGCACUGUUAGUGAUCCCACUGCUCCCACUGAACUACAACUCCCAGCAUUGUUAGCAAUCCCACUGCUCCCAGCUACAACUCCCAGCAUGCUCUCACUACAACUCCUAGCACUGUCAACAAUCCCACUGCUCCCAGCUACAACUCCCAGCAUGCUCCCACUGAUCUCACUGAACUACAACUCCCAGCAUGCUCUCACUGAAUGUCAACAAUCUCAUUGCUCCCACUGAACUACAACUGUCAGCAGUCCCACUGCUCCCACUGAACUACAACUCCCAGCACUGUCAGCAAUCCCACUGAUUUCCCUGAACUACAACUCGCAGCACUGUUAGUGAUCCCACUGCUCCCACUGAACUACAACUCCCAGCACUGUUAGCAAUCCCACUGCUCCCAGCUACAACUCCCAGCAUGCUCUCACUACAACUCCUAGCACUGUCAACAAUCCCACUGCUCCCAGCUACAACUCCCAGCAUGCUCCCACUGAUCUCACUGAACUACAACUCCCAGCACUGUCAGCAAUCCCACUGAAAUACAACUCCCAGCACUGUCAGCAAUCCCACUGCUCCCAGCUACAUCUCCCAGCACUGUCAACAAUCCCACUGAUCUCCCUGAACUACAACUCCCAGCACUGUAUACAAUCCCACUGCUCCCAGCUACAACUCCCAGCUUGCUCCCACUGAUCUCACUGAACUACAACUCCCAGCACUGUCAGCAAUCCCACUGCUCUCACUACAACUCCCAGCAUGCUCUCACUACAACUCCCAGCAUGCUCUCACUACAACUCCCAGCAUGCUCUCACUACAACUCCCAGCAUGCUCUCACUACAACUCCCAGCAUGCUCUCACUACAACUCCCAGCAUGCUCUCACUACAACUCCCAGCAUGCUCUCACUACAACACCCAGCAUGCUCUCACUACAACACCCAGCAUGCUCUCACUACAACACCCAGCAUGCUCUCACUGAUCUCGCUGAACUACAACUCCCAGCAUGCUCUCACUACAACACCCAGCAUGCUCUCACUACAACACCCAGCAUGCUCUCACUGAUCUCACUGAACUACAACUCCCAGCAUGCUCUCACUACAACUCCCAGCAUGCUCUCACUACAACUCCCAGCACUGUCAACAAUCAGCAAUCCCACUGAUCUCACUACAAUUCCCAGCACUGUCAACAAUCCCACUGCUCCCAGCACUGUCAACAAUCCGCAAUCCCACUGCUCCCAGCUACAACUCCCAGCACUGUCAACAAUUAGCAAUCCCACUGCUCGCACUACAACUCCCAGCAUGCUCCCACUGAACUACAACUCCCAACACUAUCAACAAUCAGCAAUCCCACUGUUCCCAGCAUGCUCUCACUGAACUACAACUCCUAGGACUGUCAACAAUCAGCAAUCCCACUGUUCCCAGCAUGCUCUCACUGAACUACAACUCCUAGGACUGUCCACAACCCCACUGCUUAUACUGAACUACCACUCCAAUCAUUCUUCCACUGUUCUCACUGAACUACAAAUAUCAUCGUGCUUUACCAGCCCUAACACUGGCUUUCUACAUAUAAGCUUUUCAGACUGUCUUGUGUAAAAUUAUGAAUUUCACUGUCCAUUAUCAUAUAUAAUUUCACCUGUUUAUCUCCCUUUUUAUUUAUUCUGUCAUUUUCUACCCAAAUCCAGCAAAGCUACUUGAAAUGUAUAUUUGUAAGCCAGCACUAUGAUAGUUGGUAGGACCUGCAGUUGGAAUAUUAUUGGGCAUUGUUUGGUUUUGAGUAAUUAUCCCACUCUUUUUAUGAUACUUAACCCUUUUUUAAUUAAACAAAACAAUUUUUAAUUACAAAAAUACAAUUCUUAAAGGCUCCCUUACUUCUGCCUCCGCUAAUCAGAUUGACAAAUACCUAGUUGCCAUGACGACCCGGUAUCUGGGAUUUGUCAAGCCCUGCCCUAAAGUAUCAGCAUUUAGGCAGAUACCUUUGGUCCUGUCACUGGUCCUUCAGAUAUUGCGUGAAUGUUUAUACAUGUUAUGUGAAAGUAGUUAUGGUGUUAACCUGUGGCGUUCAAGUUGUUGUAAGUGCUCUUAAUGCUCUGGCAGCGGAUGGAGAUGCAAAGCAUGGCACAGUCUUGUGACCUAAUUAAUUUUGGAUCUGUGUGUAUUCUUUUUAAUGAAUAUUAACAUAUCUUUUGAUUACAAGCAAAUCUACACCAGAGGUUCUGCGUUUUUAAUUUGACGUGACCGUGUUAAUGCGUAUCCUCGUGAUAUAUGGCAGGGUACCAUACUUGGCUGAAACAUUGUCUGAUUCUUCUGACUUGCGCACCUAUUGAGUGAAUGAACUUCAAAUCUUGUACUAAAGUAGCGGAACUGGAAAUAUUCUCCAAUUGUCCAAUUUAUCCAGAGCAGCUCUUUUGACCUAUAAAUUGCAAUUAUUUUCUUGAUUCAAUUAAAUUCUUUAUUUAGAAAGUAAAUCCCAUCUCCAACAGAUGGAAUGUCAAAAGUAAGCCGUAAUUUGUCCUAAAUUACACUCCAAAGACUAUCAGGGUUAUUCACUAAAUUGAGAAUUGUCAGUAAUUUAAAGUAAAUUUCAAAUCUAAAGAAUAACUUCAAGCGUUCUAAUAGCCUACUGUUGUGCUUAUGAUGCAAGGAGUACUCUGGUCUAAUUCCCCAGUACUGGGGUAAACUAUUUAGAAAUGGUUCCUCCCCUUACCGGCGUCCCAGAGAGGCUCUGAUGCUCUCUGGUGGUCCAGACAGACUGAUAACACCCCAAUGACGCUGCCGGAGGUGUAGUUAAACAUCAUAUGUACUGCCGUACAUACAAGCCCCAGUUUUAAUUCAGAUUUUUUUUGUAUAUCCUAAAUGUGUCAAAAUCCCCUCAUUAUGGAAGACCUGAGCUGUUUUUGUAUUCCUGACUGUUAAAAAAAAAAAACAACAAACUAAUGAGCAGGUGACCUGCAAGCCCGACACUUGUUUUUUAUUGACUUUCUCUGAAUAUGUGGGCGAGGUAAGAAUGAGAGGUUGAGCCUAUUCCUAAACCAACCAGCUUCCCAAAAUUCUGUAUAUUUCAUUUAUCUUAAGCAUUUUACUCUAUACACUGGUGUCUAUUUACAAUUUCUCAUCCAGGAAAACAAGGAAAUGUUUGUCAGAGAGACUUUUCAUUUUGGAGUCUUUUAGCUUCCGACAUCUUUCACAACAGUUGGCAAGGUUUUAUUUCCCUGCCAGACCAAAAUGGCUACCCCAGAAUAAAAAGGAAUUGUUCAAAAUUCCCCGUCUGGUGAUAAAAUCCCUUUCAGAUUAGACGGGGCAAUAGCACGUCACUCCCAUUUCUGACACUUUCACUUUGCUUUUCUUCAGAUCACUUUGUUUUGCAAAUGGAAUAACCCUACUCCUCAGGUUUCUCAUAUAACUAGACCACAUCCACACCCAGACAGGUUCUAUCUGUGGGAAGCAGCAUUGUUAGAUAUCCAUUAUCGCCAACUGUUGCAGGACGUGGUACAAUGGCAGAGCUCUCGGGGACUGAUAAAUGGUAUUAUACUAGGAAAACUGGAAGAAAAUACUAAACAAAAAUCAAAGUGAAAUGAAAUCAUUUCAUAAAUGUUGAUGGUGAUGAUUUUUGUUUUGUUUAAUUUUUUAAUUAAUGCUGUAUGAUUUUUAUUUGUGUACAGGAUGGCAGAAAAGAAAUUCCUGGUGGCCCAGCUCACAAACUAUUUAAGGGAGGAUCGUAUUCAACUAUGGAAGGCCCCAUACACCACGGAAAAUCAGGAAGCUGGCUGCGACAUCAAAGUGAGUACAUAACAGCCCUGGACACCGGGCACAGCAAGGUCCUGGGGCAGAGUUGGGUACGCUUCUUAUAAUAGAGACUGUCCUGAGAUGGCUUUGGUCCCAAAUGGGUGAAGUUAGUUUGCGCUGUGACCUGAUGUGUACAUACACCUGGUUGCUUUUAAAAAGUAUUUACUGCUUACUCAUAAUUAAACUAUUGCUUCCGUGUGUUUUGUUAUAGGUGUUGGGUGAUCACACAGGGUUUAUUCACUAAAAUGGGACUUGUCAGAGUGAAUUUCACAUAUUAGGCCGAAAUAAUAUAGAAACAUCCCCCAAAGUGUUCUCAUUCUUGCUAUUUUGGCUUGAAUUUCCAAUUGCCAGUUUAGUAAAUAACCCUGUGACUGAUAAAUAUUCAAUCCAAUAUGUCUCCUGUUGUUGUUUUUGUUUAUUUUGUCUUUGUACUCUCCUAUAACUAUCCAGUGCUGUAAUUUUGCAUGUGCAAAGUCCCAUUAUCCUCAGGAAUACUGAGGGAUUAUUGGAAUUGUAGGCUAUGCUCAUGAAACAAAUCUAAAGUGAAAGUGAAAAUAAAAGCCUUGUGUUUUACGAGGAUUUUUUUGUUACGCAUUAAUUACUGGCAAGCUUUUUGGAAUUGUUACACAUAUUGUGAAGUCUGUAAUAAUUUUUUUUUUUUUUUAAAAGGAUGAAGCCAACAUUUUAGAGGUAUAUCCACUAAACGGUGAAAUUCAGUCAGAUGAAAAAUGUAGGCCAAAUAACUGGUUCAAAAAUUUUAUUGAAGAUUUUUCCAACUGUAAAUGUCAGAGUUCAUUUUAAUAAGGAUCAAAGAAUCUUUAUUCCUCAACUUUAGUAGAGUCUGUGUGACGACAUCUGUAUUGCUGCAUAAGCUUCUCGGAGAUAUGGUUUACCUUCUCUUUGUGGCUUGCUGCCUGAACUGCAAAGUACAAACCCGGAUGGUUUAAAUUUUACUUUAUUGCAAUAUUUCAGUAAAACGUAGCAGGUCAGUGACAAAGAGCCUUCCAUUGUCAUGGAUAGGAUUUAAGACGACAAAACCUCCUUGAUUGUAAAAAAGGCAAUCUGGUUCUUCCACAGUGACAAACAUUGCUACAACUGUCAUAUAGGAUACAUUACAUGGUUAAUGUAAUCCAGUAAAACCAACCUGAUAGUGUUUCAACCUAAAAGUUGAAUAAAUGUUUGUCCAACCUUUAUUCAGUUUGUUACAAGUAGCUUGAUAAAAGCUCAGAUGUGCAACAAGUGGCAACAAAUUGAGCAAGAUUUAUUUUGGUUUUUGAGUUGAAAGUUUGAAGUGUUAUUGUUUGCGCACUCAUUACUUAGUAUUUGUUUGGUAGUUUGUUGGUGUCUCCACCCUAGACGUAGCUUCGGUUUCUGUUAAAGGAACACUAUACGGUCAAGAACAAAAAUAUGUGUUCCUAAACCUAUAUGUGGCGGACCGCCUGGCACCACAACUUGGUGCCUUUGCCAAUUGAUUGCUUUUAUUCAAUGCUUUCCUAUGGGAAAAAAUCUGGUGCUGGAAAUCCUCAUGCAGAGCGUGAGGACGCCCAGCUUUAGAUAAAGGACCAAAGGACUGUUUCAAACCAGAAAGUCGUCUGGUAGACCGUAACAAGAGGUGGAGUUAACCCUGCAUAGUAAUUAUUACAGUUUCUCAAUAACUGCAAUAAUUACUACUGCAGGGUUAAGGGACAUGGGACAUUGCACCCAGACCACUUCAAUGAGCUGAAGUGGUCUAGGUGCCUACAGUGUCCCUUUAAUUUGUGUGUUUGGAUUUGAGUUUCAAUUUAUUAGUUUGAAUUCGCCAGAAUCUAAUGCCCAUUAAAAUUUUGGAAACUUUAUUUUCCAUAAAAGGUGAGCAUUAGAUGCGAGUAAGUACAGUAUAUUGUUUUAUUUUUUAGUUUGAUUUUGUUAUUUGUGCGUGUGUUUUUUUUUUUAUUUUUUUCUGAAGCAGUAAAUGCAUUAAUUUGAACUCUGGUUAACGAUGCUAACCCUUUCUAAUCUGAAAACAUUACUAUACACAAGGACUUGAAGUCAGGUAAAACUUCAAACACUAGCAUUUACUUUGUGUGAACGUCUAUUUCGAGUUUGCCAAGUUAAUGCUGAGUGCCGUUUGCUAAUGAUUUGAAUCAAGGCCAUACCAAUACACAAUAAAACGGACCGUUUUGCACACAAGUGGUUAAAAACCGUUCAGGCGCUAUUCCACUUUCCAGAUGCAUGGACAGCUAAUGCAAGCACCAAUCUCCCGAGCUGCAAACUACACGAAUCCUCCAACUACCAAACUGGAAACAGCCGAACAGGAAAAGCAUACAAUCAGCUUACACUCCUGGCAAUCCGCAUACAAUCCAAUUCCCCCCAAGAACGAGAUGACACUUCGUUUUGAGGGUCAAGCAGAAUAUGGUUUACUGGGGCUACCUGCCCGGCUUUUAUGCAGGUCUCCCACCUGGUGGACACUCCCCUAGGGGACCAGAUGGAAGACUGGGACACAAAGGGUAAAAGGACCAAUCACAGACUUACACAUUUCAACAAUCCCACAAUGCAUCACAAUCCCUCCUCUCUGGCCUGGAGAUAAUUGGGAAGUAAUCCAAUUAAAUUACCACUAAAUCAAUCAGGACAGAGGCAAAACUCCAUUACACACACUUUCAGUAAAAAGACAUAAAAUUACAUACGGUUACUUUUAUCACAUAAAACACACACAUUCUACAUAUCCCCAGAUAGCUUAGAUCUGAGCGCACACUAUUACCGGAUGGCGCUUAGAUCACAUACAUACAGUUCAAUCGCCAUGGAGCCAAAGUCUUUUCCAUAGUCUUUCAUUACACGAAUAGGCUCCAUGGCAUAGCUAUCUGGGGUGAUGCUGUUCAUACGGUCAAACUACUGGUUUCACUACCGAAUGCAGAGGUAAGGAGGUUGGCGGCUCAGCGGUGUUCGCGCAAAUAAGUAUCCGUUUCCAGUUCCAUAGAUUGGGCGCUGAACACCGCUGGCCGCUCUGGAGUUGAAAUAGCCGCUGCCCCGUGUUGGCAAACGAACAAGGGCCACCCAGCAUUUGUCAAUUAAGCUGUGGUUAACCGCAGCUGCUGGGCGGUCAAUUGACGGCACACUCCAGUUCCCAGGUGGUCGAUCGUUCGGUACUUUGUUCGGUAGAUUUGAAUCUACUGACCACCCUGGCAGAAAGGCAUGAAUACGCCUUUCUGCAGGGAAAAUAAAAGGUUUUUAAAUGCCGGGCCAUAGCCUAAAGGGAGCAGGCGAGCAACCAGGCUUCUCCAGUGGACAGUGGCGAGGCUGGUUCCGCCACAAGAAUCUUCUAAUUUCUUCAUUAUACAGGCUUUAAAAACCACUAAUCUGGGAGUUAUAUUUCUAACCCUUGACCUAGACCAAUGGUAAUUAAAUCAGUCAAUUAUUACCUCAGCUAUCCGUUACAUUUUUGUCUGUCUGUAUUGUCAUAUAAUUUGCAAUGUUCUAUGUUUCCCAGGUGCUGGUGCAGCGGUAUUGCAACAGGCUGAACUACGCUUUGGAUGAUAUCACUAGUGCUUUGGAGGAGAUCCGUUGUUUAGCUAUACAGCGAGGUGCCAGAAACCAGGCAUUUAAAACCAAAGGAUUGGCCUCGUUACAGGUCUUCCUGCCCCGUAAAGUAAAUAAGGUAAGCAUUUCUGUGCUUGGAUGGAAUGCUAAUGGAUGAAAAGAUAGCUGGCACAAGGAAGUUAAAAAUGAAUGUGUUUUAAGAGAAACCAGAUCUAGAACACAAACUGCAUGUGAGUGUAAUAUAUGUAUGCGUGUAUGCAACCAAAUUCUCCCGCACACUCCUUUCGACCGAUAAAGAAAUAGGUUUCGCUUCGCUUUCUCUCUAGAACUAAGACUACAACGAUGUUGCCACCCGCUCCUCCUCCCCGCUCCUCAUAGAUCAAUCAAUACGCUGCUGUAUCUACUAAACGGAAAUGUUUUAGAUGGAAGGACUAAAACUAAAGGGCCACUAAACUUAGACCGUGUCAUUGCGAUGAAGGGCUCUGGUUGCCUUUAGUGGUAAUUUAAGAUGGUGAAGAACGUGGAAAUUUGCAGUACAUGCAGAAACCUGGAAAGAUCUUUUACCUUUUUUUUGUUUUUACAUAUGUCUUUUAAACACAUAAUUUAUAUAAUGCCCUACAAAUUAAUGCCUGGAGUGUCCCUUAAAUUACACUGAGCAUUAAAAUGUAGGAUUUCCACUUUAAAUAUCUGAUUAAUCUGCAGUUUGCUGCACCACCAAAUAAGAGAUGUUCCUUUGGAUCCCCUCUUAGUCACUGACUGAAGCCCUUUCCUAUAGCUAUAUAGAUGCAUUUGGAGUAAUACUUUUUUUCCUUCUCUAUUUUUCUCGUAAGGAAUCCAAGAACAUUAUGGAAACUCCACUGAAUAUCACCGGCAAAGAGUUAAAGUGUCAGUAAGUAUUACUUUACCCAAUAAAACAUGUUUUUAUUAUUUUUGAGACAUGACAUCCAUAUAAUUUAUAGUGUCCCCGCUGCCCUCUCAUCCAUUGGCAUUGAGUGGGGAUGUAAUAAUAUUACAAUAGUGUUUUCCCAAAUACCUAGCCACCCUCCCCGUAAACUGUCUGCUUAAUCCCUUCACACUAAUAAUGCUAAGAUGGGGCCCAAUAUAUCUAAAAUUAAACCUUAAAAACCACAUACUUGCCUUCAAACAUUUUGAAACGUAAUACACAGUGCAACUAUAAAAAAAAUAAUACAAAACUGAACUGGAAAAUGCAGUAAAAAGAAAAACCACACUGCAAAAAAAAUGAGUCCACAGAGGGCUCCGUUCAGACUGACGAUUGAAGGUGGGGAAUUUCUCUAUAAAGGCCUUCCCACACAUUAUCAGAGUGCUCUGAUCGGCUUCCAUAAAUGACCAGGCAAGUCUAGUGAGAGGUGAGAUUAGCCUGUUAGAGAGCUCUGAUUGGUUGGCUUGGCAGCUUGAAUAUUCAAAGUGUGGGAAGACCUUUCCCUACUCGAAUCUCAACAGAACCCUCCAUUGAUAUCUUUGUUGCACAGUUUUUUGGUUUUUUUUUUUCAUUCCCUACUUUUUAUUAAUUUAGCCAUUGUGGAAAAUGUUGGAGCUUUAGAAAUAAAAGUAGUAAUACUUUUACCAGAUUGAUGAUGAUGUAUUCAUUUUUUUUUUUUUUAAAUCUUCAUCCACAGGAUAGCACAAACAUACGGAUUGCAAGAAAAUUACAUUAAAAUAAUUGUUAACAAGAAACAGCUUGAAAUCGGUUAGUACAAAUCAUGUGUAUUCCAUCAGAUUUUUAUAGUUUAUAGUGUUAAUUCAUUUGCGGUAUAAUAGGUUAGUGCCAUUUUAUAUUUAUGUUUGAACUAUUUUAGUUAUAACAAUUAUUUAAACACAUGGUGGGAUGGUUCAUUAAGGUGUAGAAAAAUUGCCAAAAGUCAUUAGGUGGAGUUAUCACCAACAUAAUGACAAAUCACCACUCUACUCAUUUAACUGAACUGGUGCAAAUAUUUCAAAUUUCCAAUCAGCAUGAACAUUCCUCUGAUUUCCAAUUUAUGUCCUACUUUUCUGUUAGCUAUUACUUUAGAUCAGUUUUAGAUGCCAGAUGCCCACUGGGUACUGAUAUUAUUGGAGCAUAUCGCUGGUAUCUUAAAUAGUAAAUACAUUUUGUUUCAUUUCUGUUUAAAUGCGUUAGACAUCAAGGAUUACUUUUCUGUAUUUUGUGUGUGUGCAUACGUACCGUAGAUUUGGAAUCUUAUUUAUAUUUUUUACUAGAAGAUUAGGAGAGAAAAUAAUAAAAUAAACUAUAACAUAGUAAUGGUAAACUUCUGUGUGUGUAUUGGGGGAUAUAGUGAGUUUGUGAAUAGGGAAUGUAGUGUGUGUUUGUAUAGGUAAUUCUUUGUGGUGGUAGGGGGGCCCCUAGAAAAUCACUGGACUACCAGGAAAUGUUUACAUUUUACAAAUCACAUAUUCUUAACUAUAAGAAAACAUCUGACCUAUUUGUGUGCUGCAAGGUGACCCAGUCAUUCAUGGCUUUACAGGAAAAGUUAGUACAGACAGAGAUUCUCUCUCCAGCUACCACUGGGCCUGAUUGCGGCUGUAUUUAAUCAUAUAGCGAUACUCAGUACAGUUACGCGUGACUAAGUCUCUUUAACAUACCUUUCAUUUUACGUUUCUUUUGCGGCCAACAUAUUAGAUUCAGGUUUUACUAGAAAUUUUCCUGACUUAUAAAAAUAGCAAUAUUUCUACUGCCCACAAGAUGGUGGUAUUAACAUGUGAAUUUAUUUUUUUAAACGGUUGCAAUAAUCACCAUAACAACUUUGCAUGAUUGGAAAGGUACUGGCUCAUAUAGCAUCUGAGCCUACUUUCAGCUCUGAGAGAGCUCCUCAGAGUUCAGCUGUAUUGAUAUAAAUGAAACUGGCAACACAAGUAGAAUUAAUUUCCUUUAUUAGAGCAAACUUUGUGUUUGUUCCACCUUUGUGCCAGUAAAGAGGCAUCUUCCUCUGUACUAUGAUGCAUUGCCCAUUUAUGUCAUACAUUUGGUUAUGGAUUGAGAGUUUUGCCGUUUCAUUUGGAAGUGGAUCACCCAUGUCAAAUGUAUUAUUAUUAUUAUUAUUUAUAAAGCGCCAGCAAGCUCUGUAGCGCUGUACAAUGGGUGGACUAACAGACACGUAUUUGAAACCAGACAAGUGAACGUACAGGAACAGAGGGAUUAAGGGCCCUGCUCAAUGAGCGUACAUGCUAUAGGGAGUGGGAUAUAGUGACACAAAAGGUAAGGGUAGGGUAGAAAAGUAGGUUGCUAAGAUAGUAUUCAUUGAGGGCAUAGUGAGGGCAUAGUGCGGGGAGGGAAAGCUGUUCAAUUUAAUUGAUUUGCUUUCCUAAAGAAGUACGUUUUCAAUUAUUUUUUUUAAGUAGUGGAGAUUGGGUGAGAGUCUAACAGAGACGGGAAUGGAGUUCCAUAGGAACGGCGCAGCCCUAGUGAAGUCUUUAAGGUGAGCAUCAGGGGUAGGAGUACGAACAGAGGUUAGACGUAGGUCUCCGGCAGAGCGUAAGGGCCUAGGUGGAUCAUAUUUGUGUGUUAGUGAGGAUAAGCAGGCGGGAGCAGCAUUGUGUAGAGAUUUGUAAGCAAGUAUCAGGAUCUUAAAUUGAGUCCUAUAUCUUAGGGGGAGCCAAUGGAGGGACUGACAAAGGGGGGAGGUACGGGCGGACAGGAAGAUGAGCCUCGCCGCGGCAUUCAUUAUAGGCUGUAACAGGGCAAGUUGGGAAUACGUAAGACCACUGAGAAGCGGAUUACAGUAGUCAAGGCGAGAGAGGGCAGCAGCAUGGACAAGCACCUUUGCUAUAUAAGGUGUUAAAUAGGGUCGGAUGCGCGCAAAGUUUUUGAGAUGGAAGCAGCAGGAUUUGGUGAUUGAUUGGACGUGAGGGGUGAAGGAGAGGUCUGAGUCAAUGAGAACACCUAGGCAGCGGGUGUUAGAGGUAGAGCGGAUUGUAGCGCCAUUGACUUGGAGGGACACAGGCAAGGGAGUAGCAACAUUUGAGGGAGGGAAGACCAGAAGUUCUCUUUCUGCCUGGUUCAAUUUAAGGAAUUGAGCAGCCAUCCAGUUGGAAAUAGCAGAGAGGCAGUCAGAGACACGAGUCAAAAGGGGUGGUGAAAUCAGGGGAGGACAGAUAAAUUUGCUGGUCAUCCACAUAGAAAUGAUACUGUAAGCCGAAGGAGCUGAUGAGUUUACCAAGGGAGGCAGUGUAGAUUGAGAACAAAAGGGGACCAAGGACAGACAGAGAAAGGGAUUGGGGAGAAGAGGUGGUGGGGCAGGAGGAACGGAGCAGCGCAGAAACUCUCUGGGCUCUACUGCUGUGCAUACCUAUAAACGUUAUGCUAUGCACACCUAUAAGCCCAGAGAUCCAUCGGGUAUGGUUUAUCUAGAAUUUGAGUGAGUAAAAAUGUAACUGCAGCCCAGAGCGGUUUAAGAUUUGGACGUGGCUACCAGCAGUGUAAGUCGUUAUGUGCUGUCUGUAGGAGAGGGCAGUAAUUUUUAUUAUAGAAUAUGUCAAGAUCACUAGAAAUUUGGAUGCACAAAUGUUGGUUAAUUUUUUACGUAACGGGAGCUCCUUCUGUAAGUGAAAUAGGCAUUUAUCUCCAUUGGGAGCAACUCAGAUUUGGUUAGAUGCAAUUUGCACCUCAUUAUCAAUGAGUAUCUGUUAAAAGGAUCAAGCAGGGCUGGUAUAGAAGUUUCAGGUUUUUGUGAGGCGAAGGAUAACAUCGGCAUAAGCCACUACUUCAAACUGAUUUACUUCUGUACACCGUCUAUGGUGUGUCUGUACCAUAUCACCUGUAGCAAAGGUUCAAGGGCUAGUGUAAAUAAAAGGGAGAAUAGUCGGCAGCCCUGCCUUGUAUGGAUUGCUGUAAAAAAGGAAGGAGGUGAGAUGUUAAUGGAGCACUAUAGGGUCAGGAACACAAACAUGUAUUCCUGACCCAAUAGUGUUAAAACCACAAGCUAGCCCCCUGGCCCACUUUUGCCUCCCUAAAUAUAGUAAAAUCUUACUUGUAUUUAAGUCUGCAGCUCCUGGCUCUGCUCCUGGCUCUGCCCCUGGCAGUAUCUGCUGACAUCAUCUGAAGUGGUGGUCUGAGCCAAUCACAAUGCUUCCCCAUAGAAUUGGCUGACACUGUGAAGGAGGCAGAUCAAUGCAUAUCUAUGGGGAAUGUUCAGUGUCUGCAUGUGCUGAAUGUCAGUAGUGCAGCUUUAGCAGCCAUCGGAGGAGUGGCCAGUGAAGUUAUGACUAGGCUGUAAUGUAAACAAUGCAUUUUCUCUGAAAAGACAGUGUUUACAGCAAAAAGCCUGAAGGCAAUGAUUCUACUCACCAGAACAAAUUCAAUAAGCUGUAGUUGUUCUGGUGACUAUAGUGUCCCUUUAAGUAAGAGUAAAACUCCUUUAUGAGAGAGAUCUAUGGCUUGAAGAAAACUUGAAAAUUCUACCGCCUUUUCGGAUCGGAAAAGAUUUUGGCCAUCUGGAGGUGUUUAUGAUUUGUGUACCAAACAAGAUCUAUGGAUCGGACAUGUGUUAUCAGCAGCUUGUCUCUUUGGAUAAAACCCGCCUGCUAAGGGUGUGUUAAGUCUUUUAAUAUGGAUUUAAUCUAUUAGCCAUGACCUUUGUCGUGUACUUGUGUUGUCAAUCUUAGAGCUGAAUGGUUUUAAACAUUAUGUUGGUUGGUGGCUUCUCCAACACCAUGUGUGUCCAUUAACCCCUUAAUGACAGAUAACAUCCAAGCUUUUCAUGAUAUAAUGUGGUUUGUAGAACCUGGAGAAGUUGAAGGGACACACCAAACUUUUAAAGUAUUUCAUAAAGUGUAUGUAUAAUUUUUUUUCAUAUUGUGAAAAGAGCAAAUUUCAAUAGACAUUGGCACUCUUAUAUAUGAACCUUGUUUCACCCCCGUGGCUGUCAAUCAGACAACCGGUCCUGUUACUUCCUGGUUUGGUUAGCUCAGUGGAAUUAAAACUCCAGAGGCAGCAAUUACCCAGAGCACCUGCCUUGCAAAGACUUCUCUUUGAGCUGCAUUGGGAAGUCUAUGAUUGGACAGUCACUGAAAGUUUGGGCUUGGUUAGAAGAGGGGGGUUUGCAAAGACUGCAGACAAGAGAUCUGCAGAUUUUCAGGUGUGCCGCCAAUGGGGAAAAAAAGAGAAGAGGUCUACUUACAAGCUCUGCUGGGAUUUGUUUUUGCAGACAUUGUUUCCAGGGAAUGCAGACUGGUUCCAGGACACUGUGUUUAGUGAUGAUCACUGAAUCACGUAUACAAGUGAAUAGCUCAAAGGCAGUGGAGCACUGUGGGAGAAAUAGUGGAUAUAAUUACAACCCUUAGAAACAAACACAAACACACUCAUGGCAGCUGGAAGAGCUAGUGGAAAAUUCCUAAAUACCAAAGCAGCAGGGUCCGACCCUCAACUCCUCACAACCUUGUCCUCAUCGUCACUUGCGAUAAAACCACAGGAACUGGGCAGCUGCAGUGAGGCCACACAGGCGUCCUAUCACCUCCACAAUUUCUGGCAUCGUUCUACCUACUUACUAAGACUAGUCAGUGAAUUCUUCUUAGUCACUGUGUUUGUUUUAAGUUAAAUCAUUUUAACAGCAUAAAUCAUGACAAUCAUAACGGGCAGCUGUUCUGAGUCCAGUGGAACUGCAGAGAAAAUCUGUUACUGGUCAAAUCCACAUGCGGGAGUGCAUUUUAGAAGAUGUAGAAUAGAGUCUCGAUAGUGUCUGUGUAGAGUUCACAGGCUAGCAUUGUAUUGUAUUUAAAAGGACACUAUAGUCUCCAUACCCACUAUGUAAUGGUUUUGGUGUAUAUAGCCUGUCCCUGCAGGCUUUUCAAUGUAAACGCUGCCUUUUCAGAGAAAGGGCAGUGCUUACAUUACUGGCUAGUUACACCUCUAGUGGCUAUCGCGCAGAUGGCCACUAGAGGUGCUUUCUAGUUCAGUGCUGCACUGUGUAGAGACUGUGAACGUUCCCCGUAGCGAUGCAGGAGAAGAUGAUUGGUGCAGUGUGUUGUUUUGCCACACAUACAAAAAAAUAGCCUCCCAGUGCUUUAUUAUGGAAAAGCAUUGGACUGGCUGCGAUCAUCAGCAUUGAUGAUCUCAGCCAUGAUGGCAGAGCCAGAGAGUGCCAGCCGCAGCAAGUCCGGUGCGGCAUACGAGAAAAGGUGAGUAAAAUCACAAUUUUGACUGUGACUGGAGGGGGCUAGUAACCUAAACAGCCCCUUUAGGACUAUAGUGUCAGUAAAUACAGGUUUGUAUUCCUGAUACUAUAGUUUUCCUUAACCAUUUUAUUUUCAGGUGUGUUUUUGUUUUUUGUUUGUUUUGUUUUUUAAUCCAAGCAGGGCAUCGCUGUAGUUCACUGUGAAUUAUACUGUUACAGUACAUUACUUUUAUUUUAAAUGAGCACAUUUGAGGCCAGGUUUUCCAUCAUUCCUUCAUCUAUCCUUGCUUGUUUGGAGCUGUGCCCCUUGCUAAGUAACCCAGCCAAGCCAAUCUGUUCCAUCUGAGCUAUAUUUCAUUAAUAAUCUCUCACACACAAUUCUCAUUAAUCCUGUCAAACACCGGGCAGCCGGCUUUUCACUUAAAGCCCUACAACUGAUAUCUGAACCAGUCUGAUUUUCUUUCGGUGCGUCCUAAUGUCUUACAGAUGUAAAGAGAAACACAGCUUGUGGCCUCUCCAUGGGAUGUCAUUGUAUUGUUUGAAUGACAGUGUAACGGUUUGUUGUAUUUAAUCAGCUUGUUGUGAGCAAUAUGAUGCCUGCUUACAUGGCAUAGCAUUUAUGAUAUCAAGUAUGAGCAAUGUAGGGUUUGACAAUGUUUGGGGUAGUGAAAGGUUAUGAACAUUUAAUAUCAGGUUUCGUUUUAAGCUUCCUCUAAAAUAUUCAUUGUUUUGUAGAGCACUAUAGAUGUCAGAUUUCAUUUAAAGUUAACUUACUCAGUGUUUUUUUUUCUAAUGGAAAUAUGAAAAUGAGAGCAAUUGAAAAGUCGUCUUUCUGGUAGAGUAAUUACUUCUGAAAUAAAAUUGCUUUGUUUUAAAAAGGUGCGUCUUGUUUUAUGGUUUUCAAUCUGCAAGGGUUUUAAACCGAUGCCAGCAGAGUGUUUCAGAUCACAUUUUUACAGAAAGGUAGUCAUCUGAACAGAUAUUCCUGGCACAAUCAGACAUAGAAAGAUCUAAACACUUACUGUUUUAAACCGAAAAUUAUUACGAUCCCGCAGGGCCCUCGAGAGGCUACCUGUUUGGGUCCCUCCUUCAUUCAUCAUCUUGGGAUGGUUAAAGCGAAUUCGUGGUUCCGAGCCCCUGUCUAACCCUUGGGCCCUGGGUGGCUGCCUGGGGGCGCUUUAUGGUUAAUACUGCUGUAAGACAUAUAGAUGCAUGCACUGAUGGGGGUGUAUAACACAGAUUCUACAAUUAAAGUACAAAAGCAAACAUAAGGUGAUAGUAUACAAUAGUGUGUAAAGAUGUGUGAUGUUGAAUGCAUUGACAUGAGCAAUAAAGGAAAACCACAUAUCACCCAUUCCAGAACUCCAGACAUCCCUAAUAGAUUCUUAAAUCUAAAAAGAAAGUCCAUCGAUAAAGCAGAACGUCAAGUUGAACAAACACCUUUAAUAAAAUAUUUCACUUAUAAACUGAAGAAGUUUGGGAAUAUUUUAUUUUUAAUUUUUUUCAUUUACUUGUUUAAUGAUGUUUUAAAAACACUUUAGCUCAGAAGUAUUUCGAAAAUAAAUCUUUUUAUUUAUUAAUUAAUUUAUUUUUUAUUGAAUUUUGAAGGGGUGGGUAAAAAGAUCUAAUAGACUUUGUCUUCCACCGCUAGGUAAAACUCUGCAGGAGCAAGGUAUCGGCCACAACGUCAAAGUGCUGGUUCUUGAGUUAAAUUACACAGAAGAGGAAGCCAAGAAGCGCACCCAUGAGGAGGAGAAAGAGCGAGAAAGCGAGCUGAAAAAUGAGGAGACUAUGAAAAAGAAGGUGUUGCGCACAAAAAAGGGUCUAGAAAUCCUGGCGGGGAGAGGUAGGUUAAAGGAGCACACCAUAAUAAGCAUUCAUUCUGUGUAGAAAAGUCAGCAUUUUCAAUGCAUAUUCCACAACUCUUUAAACCAUUUCUGUGCUACGAACUUGAUUAUACGGAAUUAAAGUCUUUACUAAAUAAUCCGUGCAUUCUAUCUUUUGUCUCCUGUUUCUGGGGAAAUGGAUACCACCUCACUAACUCCAUAGUGUCAAUCAGUAGCCAUUUUAUAUUUUGAAAGCCAAUACAAGCAUAUCUCCAGAUGAAUACAUUUGGGGCAGGGGUUGUUUUGUUUUUUGUUUUGUUUGUUUUUCGACCUCCACAUGUGAACUCACUGUGUGGCAGCAUAUACUGAAUGUAAAUUCAUUGUUUGACAUUCACUUGCAGCAUCGCCUCUCAAUUGUUUUGUUGUCAAGUGACUUUUACCGCUCAUAGUUCUUCUAUUGAGCACACGCAGUCACUCCACAUUGACGUUUGUUUUAUGUUUUACAAGAUUACAUGUCACAGUGACUACUUUGGUUGAUGUUAAGUUAAAUAACUCACUUGUUUUAUGGUCCUAUUGGGCCACAGCUUCUUUCGUGAAAUAUUGUGUUCCUGCUGUUCCACAUGGGGAACUUUGUGGUGCCCAUUCCAUCCCUCCAUAGUUUGGUGGAAUUUUUCCGUCAUGUUGUUACUAUAAGGUUCAUAUGCCGGCCUUGCACCAAUAUCAGUCAUCUUAAUAUAUUUAAACACAGUAUUGACUUAAAAAGUCUUCAGUAUAAUUUAGAAAAAAAAUGGCCAUCAUCUAAGGUCCUGUAAAAUAGGAUACAACUGCAGGAAUAUAAAAUGUUGCCUGAACAGAAUAGGGAGUUGGUAAGAACUGAAAACUUGGCAUGAGCUUAACAUGGCCGCCUUUAUAACUUCCAGCAAAACAAAUACAGGCACGGGAAGUGUUACUUUUUUACUUUACUCAUUAAUUAAAGACCACUCAAAAAAGAAUACAUAUAUUAUUAUGCAAAUAUUUUUAUUCAGCAUGUUUGUUCCCGUGUUUACACAGUGCUUAGAUAAUCUUUUGCUGUUCCCUCAGGCGAUUUUUAUGAUGUUGACACCACUCCUUGCUUAGAAAUUGCAAAUCAGACAGGAAAAGCAAUCAAGAUCCCACAGGCUUCGAAAAAGGUGAUCCUACCAAUCUAACAACGUUGUGACAGCAGGAGGCCAAAUUGCAGAGUUAUUGUUUUCAAUUAUAAGCAUAUUACAAACAUGUAUUUUUUAUAUGGUGUUAGAGCAAAACCUAUACCAUCAUGAAAAGUAAACGCUCUAGUUAGUUGUGUACUAUGUUACUGUGGUGUCAUCUCAUUGGAACCAUUUAAUGUAAUAUAUGCCUAUCAAGCUCCACUUUCCCCUAGUUUGUCGUAUAUCUCUUUACUGCAUUGGUAUUUUCGUUAAAUUCCGACACAGUCAGUGUGAGUAUUUCAGAACGAUUUUUUUCUGUAUGACGUACUGAUUGGCAGGAAAGCCGCUUCCAUGAUCCAGUUGUAGUGUCUGCACAAACCUCUUGUUCACUAGUUCUAUACUUUGUAUGUCUAUCUCCUCCUCUCAUGCUAUUUAUUCUGAUAAUAUAUGUACCAUUAAAGAGACACUACAGUCACUAGAACUACAGCUUAAUGUAGUUGUUCUGGUGAAUAUAAUCAUUAUGUGCAGGCAUUUUAAUGCAAACACUGCCUUUUCAGAAAAAAGGCAGUAUUUUAAUUGCUCCUAGGGACACCUCCAAGUGGCCAUUCCUCCGAUUGCCACUGGAGGUGCUUCCUGGCCCAAUGCUGCACAGUAGGCAGCACUGCCAUUCAGCGUCUCUAUAAAUUAGAGAAGUUUGUGAUGUAUCCGUUGGUUAUUAAUUUUGGUGGUUCUACAGAUCUCUGCUGCCAUUCAGUAAAUGGUAAUGUAUUUAAACAAUGAGAAUGACUGCGUACACUUCGUGAUCCUUACGGGGUUAAUGCAGCUUUUACAUUCUCAACAGCAGUGCAGUGUCAAUGCUUAUUGUUUUUUCACGUCCAUUUCUGUAUUAUUCCACCUUUUUCAUACAUAGUCUCUUCAACCCAAGGCUUUUGUAAAGGUCACUUUAACCCACGAUUCCAUGUUACCGUGCCAGAAUUGGUGGGGCUUUUCUUGGCAGACUGAGCCACAAGCGAUUGCUGUGCUUUGCAGAAAUUACAUCCUGGCUCCUUGUGUAAACCCCAAGGGGUUCAGUCACAUUUAGAAACUGUUUUGUUUUAACACACUGUGUGUGUCUGAUUGUGUUGUGUAUAGAAGCAGCAAGUUCCACAAUUCGCCAGCUGCACUUUGUGUGUAUUUUCUAUGUCUGCGCACAACUAAUUAAGCCCAACUGCAGAAAUAGAAGCAGUUGCUACUAUCCUAACAAUGGGAUAGCCUUUGGGGGGUGAUCACAGUACAGACACACCAGACUGUUGACAUGCGUUAACAAGCAUCAUUUAUUGUAUCAAAUAAGAAUAUAAUAUGAUAUAAGGCUUACCGGCAAGGAAGGGCAUUGUGGGCUGUAAUCCUAGUAAAAUCUAUCCUGCUCUGUCUAUAAGCAUGCCAAAGAAAUGUAUUUUUGACUGUAAGCAAAGAAUUGCAUUUUGGACUAUAAGGAAGUAGAUCUAGGUAAAAACAUUUUUGGCUUUAAUUAAAUAAUCAUUAACAAAGAUAUUGUUCUUUCUGUUCUGUCAGAGAAUUUAUCAUAUUGUUAAAUACUCGCUUUGCUUGGUUCCAGCAUGGCUGGUUAUUUUACAAUUUUUUUUACUUGGGGGCUGAGUUCAUGACGUUAUCUGUUCAGCAAUGCAUAUUUUAUGUAGUUAUUUUGUUGUUGAAUGUUUGUGUUUUGUGUCUUGCCACGUAGUCCCUGGUGUAUUGUUGAUCAGGACUGACUGUUCUGUUGCCUCAAAUCCUUGUAUCUAGGCGCUAAUGCUUGCCAUGGGUUAUCACGAACGAGGACGAGCAUUCCUAAAGAGAACGGAAUAUGCUUUAGCACUAACCUUCCUUCUGGAUGCAGACAAACACUUCUGGUAAGGACUGGUACCUUCCGAUCUCUGUUUAAAGUCUAGAUUUUGCUCAUUAAUGAAGUUUAAUCCUGUUCCAAGGUCUAGGGGUUCGGAAAAACAUUGUUACAAGGCUUGAUAUGACAGGAAUAUUGGGAAUUGUAAAGGACAGUGUCUUUAUCACUAGAGGUUCCAUCUCCUCUGUGAUGUUAUUCACGUCAUGCAUUGAGGCUGUCUAGUCUGUCCAGCUGUUGCAUUAUGCAACCCAUUUACCAGGGUUCCAUGAAAUCUUUCCCAACAUCCGUUAAAGAUCCAAAGACUGAUUUUCAAUGAGAGGCUUUCAUUGUGAAGGAAUAGUUUGCACAGUAGAAAUCAGGUUUGCAUUUCCCACUGAGCUACAGUUUUGUCAGAUUGCAACUCCUAUUAUUCUCACACAGCCAAAGCUUUCAUGCCCAAAGACAGCUGGAUGAACUCUUACAAAACAUGGCUUUUUUCAUUUCAUCUAUAUUUCUUUUUGUUUAUGCUUAUUCCAGAUCCGUAUUAUUUGUAAUCAUUUGUUUAUUGGUGAUUUGUGCGCAUUUAGACAUCCAUAGGUGUAAAAUAUGAUUAGUAAAAAAAACAAAAAAAAAAACUGGGUGCUUUUUUUUCUUCUUAUAUUCUUUCUCCUUUUGUGGAUUGUAAAAUUGAUCAUAAAGCCUACUCUGUAACGCAGGAUGGCCAACACACAGUGUCCCAUGUGUUCUAGAUGUAGACCUCCAUUGAUGCUUUGGCAUCUGAGAGCAUUAUCCAUAGAGUGUCAUUAACCCAGCUUUUGUGCUCUAUUGUCUCCAGUGAGUGCGGCAAGGAGCUUCUGGACACCGUUGAUAAUUAUGCAGUUCUACAACUUGAUAUCGUGUGGUGUUAUUUUCGCCUGGAGCAGCUUGAUUGCUUGGACGAUGCAGAGUCCAAGCUUAAUAUAUCCCAGAAGUGCUUCAAUAAAUGUUACGGAGAGAAUCAGGAGCGCCUGAUUAACAUAAAGGUAGGUGCCUCCAUGCUUAGUGAAAAUGAAGUGACUGUGUUUCUGUUGCAUUGUGGAAAUGGGCCUAAGGAGUAGAUACAGACAGUUAUUUGAAGGAAUUUACAGCUAGGAUGGGCAAGGAAUCGGGAGGGUGGUAAAGCAAUGCAGAUAUUUGUUGUACACAACUGCAAUAUUUGCCAACAAAUUUCUAUCAGACAAAAUAUUAAUAACUGUAACGGAUCACCUGGCACCCCGACUGGGUACCUCCGUUAAAGGAUGCUCCUAGCGUUUCCUGAGGACUCCAAGCACUCUGGCAGACACCACAAUCACCGAACCAGAGAAGCGUAUACCUUCUCUCAAGCAUAUGAAUGCUGUAGACAGUUGAAUAGGAACCAUACGAAUAGGUUUACUCUCCUAGCAGUCAAACUGGAACAGCAUACAAUAAAUCCUUCCCCAAUAAUGAGACGACACUUCACUUUGAGGGUUAAAACAGGAACUCCUGUACUGUCACAUACAGUCUCUUUUAUUCCCAAUCCACAAACAUAGUACAGCCCACAGGGCGUUACAAAACAACCAAUCAAUCCGUACAAUACACCCAGACACUCCCACACAAAAUCCUCCCCUCUGCAGGUGAUAUGAUUACUGAACACAAUGGGUAAUCUCAUUAUCACUGGCAGAGGAAUACAGUUUUUACACAAUAUUUACAACUUCUAAAAUAUACAUGUCACAAACAUAAAACAUACAUUUUCAUAAUCAAUCCAUUCAGGGGAACAACAUAUUAAAAAAUGGCACGAAUCAGACCAGGGGUUCAAAAGUUAAGGGAAAGUCCUUUGUGACUAAAUGAAGCAUGGCUUUCCGGCCCAAACCAGUUUCAGAGUCUUCUAUCCUGGAGAUUGAAUUGACAGGACAGACACAAGACUCCAUUAUGCACAUGGUGAGCACAAAGCAUUAAAAUAUUAUAAAAUACACAGUUCCAUUUUAUACAUAAAACACAGACAUGUCACAUAUCCCCAGAUAGCUGGGAUCUGAGCGCACAAAACUACAGAAUAGCGCUCAGAUCCUAUUCACACAGUUCAAUUGCCAUGGAGCCGUAGUCUUUAACUACACGAAUGGGCUCCAUGGCAUAGCUAUCUGGGUUAAUACAUUCACAUAAAGUCUGGUCCAUAGUCCAAAGGCAAGAGGAGGGCAAGCAGCCCCCUCCAAGGACACGUGGCGAGGCCGGUUUCGCCACAAUAACUAUUAAGUAACCGCAAGUACAAAAUAUUACAGUAGUAUUACAGCAGGUAGAAAAGUGUUGGCAAUACUUUGAUGAAUCUCCCCUAUUGUACAACAAAAUAUGGAGCAGUUGCCAUGGAAGCCAAUGCGAUGUCCAUACAGAUUGUUCACUUGUAGCAGUUUACCUGCAUUCUGUUCAUGAUCCUCAAUUUUAAUAGAGAUAAAAGGCUUUUGUAACCUUAAUUUUACUUUUUCAUGUUUUUCUCCCAGGGAAGUUAUGGACGAGAGAAAGUCCUUUUUUUAAGACUGUACCUGCUACAGGGAAUAGUGAGUUAUCACGGUGGGAAGGCCACUGAAGCAGGUGAAAAGUUCACCAAGGUAAUGCUGAAUUCUUAGUAUCUAUAAUUAAUAUUGAUAAUUUUACUCAGGCUGUGUUGUAAAUGCUAGCCUUUGAUAAAGGAACCCAAUUCUUCAUAAAGCAUGGCAACAACUUUAUUAAGUGAACAAACAAAAACAAAAAGACUAGGUGUUCUACGUGAAACUGUGAAAAUGUGGGCUACCUGAAACUAAAUACACUUCCUAAUUGUUUCUGUAAUACAAUGAGAUCCACCAAGGGAAAACUGUAAUUCUCAUGAAAUGUUUGGUAUUAUUACCCUAUUCCACAUUUAGGGCCCUAUUCCACAGUACCCUCAAACCCUUAAGGAGAAACUUGGAGAAGAAUUUCAAAAGAAACCCUUGUACUCUAUAGGCAUCCAAGCUACUUCAUCUCAAUAAAGUGGUCUUGGUGCCAUACCUCCUCUAUUUAAUCCUUCCAGAACGGCAAUGUUUUAAUUGCAAGAUUAACUUGCCUCUAGUGGCUGUCAGUGGUGUAAUACUGAUUGUCGCAGAAUGGUGUUUUGCUGCGCAUGUGCACUAUCCUUACAAUUCUUUUCUUAUGAAAAGGAAUGGUUUUGCUGAGAUCAUCAAUCUCGAUGAUCUCAGUCAAACAGGUGGAACAGAAUGCUAGACACCAGCACUGUUAGUUUUUAUUUUUUUAUUUUUUUUACUUACUGCACCCCAAUGAGUGCAGUAAGUAAAACUCACCUGUCGUAAGUGAGUAGGGCACUAUAACGUCAGGAACACUCAUUUGCAUUCAUAACGAUAUAGUGUUUCUUUAACUGUAGUUUGAAACAGCGGAGAAAUAAUAUACAAAGUUUGAAUUCCUGAAACAGACAGUUUGUAACAAUCUGAGCCAAUAGAGAGAGUACAAAGUACUCACAUCUAGCUAAAUAUACUGGAGCACAUUCCUAAUAGAGUAAUUCCCACAGAGUUCUGUAGCUACCCCUAUUUCUCUUUGGUAGCAGCUUUACUGUAGGGAACUCAGUCAGGAAUACAUAAAAUAUCUUCAUCUAGACAGCGAUUUAAACACUUCUGAUAUUCCUGGGCUAAUUAGUCACUAAAGGAUAUGCCAACUUUCCACAUAGUCCUCAGCUUCUGUAAUACCGCAUCUAAGGCCAAAAUGAACUCCAUCGUACCAGAGAGGACAUGAUAAAAGGAAAAUGAAUGCACUUAUCAUGCCUCGCUCGUACCAUGCCCGAAAGAUGGAAGAGUCUCACGCUAAGCGUGAUUCCCCAGACACCCCAAGCUGUCUGCUUGAACAGGACUAAAAGACUGGGAGGAGGACUAGUCUAAUAGAAAUAUGUUUUUAGAAACCUCAUAUUAACAAUAAGUUCUGGUAACCACGAAUGGUCAGAUAUAAAUGAUUUGAUACAUUUGUAGAAAGAUUAUAUUGAUAAUAUAAAAUAUCUCUCAGCCUCCUAUAUAAUAUAUUCUAAACUUCUUUUCUUCUUGUAUUUUAUCUGAAUACAAAUAAUAUAUUUAGUUAAAUAAAUAAAUAUUCUGAACAUUAUUUAGAGUAAAGUCUGUACGUGUAUAUUGAGUAAUGUAUGAUUUUGAUUUUAGGCAAACCGCCUGUACAAUGAACUAUCCAUAGACCCCAGCAAAGUGGAGAAUCUAUUGAUAUUGGGAUGCUCUGCUCAGGAUGCCCGCCUGGCAUUGCGAGCCUGCGAUGGGAACAUAGAACAUGCUGCCAACCAUAUUGCAAUGAAAAAAGAGGUACGUAAAAAAAGGAUUUUAUCCAGACCUGCACUCAGCUGACACUAAUUCAAUGAGAGCAGUCAUUUUUGGCUGAAGAAUGAAUGCACUUAUGGUCCCUGGCAUCACACAGGUAAGUUGUGAAACUGUACUAAAAUUAAACUGAGAUGGCGCUAAGCCAUUCCUGGCAUAAUAACCACAACAGUGGGCUGUGUUCCUUUUAAUGCCCUAAUUCAUUAAAGGCAAAAAGAUGCACACCUUAGUUAAUCCAAAUCUCUUUAUUAUACAACCAAAGUAAAUUAAACAAAAAUACAAAACAAACACUCUUACAAGACUAUAACAACCCAUGAUAGAGGUUAUAAAAUAUGCUCUAAAUCAAACAGGCAUAAAAGCUUACUUGCAUAUUACCUCAAAUGACUGGACACGUGUACAGAACAAAACCCCAACGUUUCAGCACACCUUCUAGUGCCUUUCUCAUGGGGUCCUUGUAGUCUCACUGCUCAAUUAUCUGACAUUUAAACUUUAUGCAGCUCUAGUCACACCUCCCUGGCAAGUCCAGCCGUCCGACUAUGAGGCCUAGCUUGUACUGUGGCCGAUCUUCCAACAUAGGGCUCGCUCCUCUUGAUGAAACUCAUGCCGACCCGCAACCCUCCCCCAUGGACUGGUGGGGGAUAUUCCGGUCCCCACUGGGGAAACCUCACCUGCAAGAGUGGUAUCUCUGGACAAGCCGAGUACCGCAUGGCGAGUCCAAGUUGGCCGCCGAGCCGGAACAUUUACUGCGCUCGGAGGACCCAACGAUCCAAGACUGCUUUGAGGCCAGGUUUGACCGGGUGUGUCUGGGAGCACAUCUGUUGCAGAAUCCCUGCCACCACCUUGUCCCAGGAGCUGGUACCUCACACUCCAGCGCUGGAUUGCCAACACCACUCCGAGUCGAGGACCCGCAUGUAGAUCAAGCCCGCUAGCAGACUACGCAGCCCAGCACCCCCCGUAAUACGAAGCUUCCUCAGGCUUACCAGUCUGCAGACUGGAGAAGGAGGAUUCAGGUAAAGCAGUGAGGGUCUCUCCUAGGGCACGGAAGCCUGAGAAAGAAACACUCAGGAGCAGCGGUCCCUACUCAGCCUACAACUAGCAAUGUGGCAGCAGGCUCCACCAAGGAGCUACUGAUGGCUAUACACCCGGCAGAGCAAUGAACUGUCUCCUGCUGCAUACCAGCGGUGUCGGUUGAAGUCUGGACAACCAGCUUCCACAAAGUCUCUGCCAACAUCAUUGCAGGACUUUUUAUGCACUCUCCCCUUCACCUCCCAACAGAGUAGAGUACCCAGUGGCCCUACAGCAAGCCUUACCCUAGCUAGCAUGUUGUUCCACACUUUUCAGCCAAGCUUAGCUUAUCACUAAUCUAGGAUGCUAAAUGUUUAUAUAUACAGACCUCAAGCAAAGUUCAGCUACCAUGUCUCACACCACAUAUACCUUUUUAUUUGUUGACUAUUCAUCUACUUACUCAAUAUUUACAAAAUAGUGCAUGUUCCCUAAUGUGUCUAUGCUGAUCUGCUUGUGGAAUGCCGUUGGGGCACCCCAAGCAUGUAUGUAACACUAUGCAAUUAAAAGUUCAAUUUACAGAGCAGGAGAUAAAAAACAAACAAAAACUUUUAAGUAAGUAAACAGAAAAUGAAAACAUGUAUGUGGUGUGGUUUGGGCUGCAUAAACAGAAACAAAAGCGAUUUAACUCCUAAAUAGCACAGAAUUGAGCAGUGAGAUUUCAGACACAUGAUUUAUACACCAACACUGCUUCAUUAAAGGACCACUAUAGUGCCAGGAAAACAUACUCGUUUUCCUGGCACUAUAGUGCCCUGAGGGUGCCCCCUCCCUCAGGGACCCCCUCCCGCCCGGCUCUGGAAAGGGGAAAGGGGGUAAAACUUACCUUUUUCCAGCGCUGGGCGGGGAGCUCUCCUCCUCCGAUCCUCCCCGUCGGCUGAAUGCGCACGCGCGGCAAGAGCUGCGCGCGCAUUCAGCCGGUCGCAUAGGAAAGCAUUAUCAAUGCUUUCCUAUGGACGCUUGCGUGCUCUCACUGUGAUUUUCACAGUGAGAAGCACGCAAGCGCCUCUAGCGGCUGUCAAUGAGACAUCCACUAGAGGCUUUGGGGGAAGGCUUAACCCAUUAAUAAACAUAGCAGUUUCUCUGAAACUGCUAUGUUUAUUAAAAAAAUUGGUUAACCCUAGCUGGACCUGGCACCCAGACCACUUCAUUAAGCUGAAGUGGUCUGGGUGCCUAGAGUGGUCCUUUAAGCUAAAGUUGUUUUGGUAAAUAGCUGGGUGUUUCUACUUUGAUCACUUAACUGCUUUUAUGACCAGACUGUUGUUGGAUGCUGCUUGCUGUUGCAUAGUACAUGUUCAUUAUAGCCUGUUAAUAAUAUUGCUAUACAUCUGAAAGUAAAACUAUGUUUGCCUCUUUCGGUAGGAAAAAGAAAAAAUUAAAAAAGAAGAACGAGAAAAGAGACGUAAGAGGUUGGAUAAAAUAAAUACCCUGAGAGGCAUGGGGUACUCAGAGCGUGCAUCGGCUGAGGCUCUCAGUAACACAGGCGGAAACAUUGAACGAGCUGUUCAGGUAUAGAGAAUACCUUCAUAGAAUGUGACGGCAGAUAAGAACCAUUCGGCCCAUCUAGUCUGCCCAAUUUUCUAAAUACUUUCAUUAGUCCCUAGCCUUAUCUUAUAGUUAGGAUAGCCUUAUGCCUAUCCCACGCAUGCUUAAACUCCUUUACUGUGUUAACCUCUACCACUUCAGCUGGAAGGCUAUUCCAUGCAUCCACUACCCUCUCAGUAAAGUAAUACUUCCUGAUAUUAUUUUAAACCUUUGUCCCUCUAAUUUAAGACUAUGUCCUCUUGUUGUGAUAGUUUUUCUUCUUUUAAAUAUAGUCUCCUCCUUUACUGUAUUGAUUCCCUUUAUAUAUUUAAAUGUUUCUAUCAUAUCCCCCCUGUCUCGUCUUUCCUCCAAGCUAUACAUCUCCAAAAUAUGUCAAAUACCUCGUGUUUUCCUUGUAUUCAAGAUGCCAAGUACAUUGCAAAAUAGUUUUUUUAGCAAAACUAGAUUAGCAAAGAGAUUGCAUAAGCCUGUUAUAAGGAUCUCUUUGGCUUGUUUUUAUAGAGUAGGAGAGUGUAACCUUUACCCUCCUGUUAUUGGAAUUAAAAGUCCCACUGGAUAUUCUCACUAUAACAGUUUUAGCAGGAUUCACUUAGAAUGCAGGGGGAUUAAACUUUACUGGAGGAAGGGUGAAUUCUAUCACACCCUAAACAUGUUGCUUGUACGCAGACUGCUUAAUAACCUUAGACCUGUGUGAUCAAUAAAUCUCAAACUGAUACAGAAUUAAGGCUGGCUACUGCCUUGGGCAACCAGUGCAACCCAUUUAGAAUUACAUUGAAAGAGAACUCCCUUGCAUGCCUGCAGAUUUGCACUUGUGGAUAUAUUGUUAUUCUCUGCACCACUUUUUGGGCUUUAUAGAACCAAAUCGUAGCAAAGUUUCAUAGAGUAAUGUACAAUGUGUAUAAGUGUGUUUCAAGACGCACGGUAAUAAAGCUGUCCGUAAUGUACAGUUUGAAUGAGUGUAUCGCAGAGCUCCACAGCAUAACACUUUAUUCUUACAUACUGCGUGUUUCGCUGCAAUAACACCGUACACAUUUUUCUAUCCAUCAUGCUACCAUAAAAUCGUACCAUGUUCCUUAAUCAUCCUUGCCUGAAAGUAAUUUUUAUUUGUAUUUGUGCUGGAGCACAAUAUAUAAUAUAUGAUCACUACACAUGUCUGUCUGGAUAUUCAUUUAAUUUUUAUAUAGAAGCAGAUUUGCAGGAAAAAAUGGACAGGAGCUCAAGAGAGGAUUAUAAGUAUAGGAUAGGGAAGAUGAAGGUAAAGUCUUGUAGCUAAGAGGGGGCUACCUUGACAAGGAGCCAUGUUUCUGAUAGGGCUACAGCUAUGUGAUUUAUUGGGGUAACUAAAGACUGCUUGUGAGAGAGUUCACCAAUCUUGCCCUUAACAUUUAAUAUAUUUGCUCCAAUCAGCUGCUCCUUGAUCAUCCGGAAAUGUUGAUAUCACAUGACAACGCAGUUAGCAGCGAGUCCUACAAUCCGCCACAGGAAAGUAUUGAUCAGGUAAGCAGUUUUAUUUCCUAUUUUAUAAAAUAAAUGCAAUCAGCAAACCUAUUAUCUACCCUCAUAUCAUGUUAACUUUGAGUCCGAUAUAAACACUCCAUAAUGUCCUAGUUAACACCAUGGCAUGUUAUUUUAUUAAAUAAACAAAUACAUUAUAAUACAGUACACUGGCGAUACAUAAAUGCCAAUAAUAAUGAUACUGUGUUAAUGUGUAGUUAGUGUAAGGCAGGGGCUACAGAGAGGACACUGAGGACAGUGCUGUACAUUCAGCUUUGUUAGCUGCUGUCAUGAAAACAGCAGGAGGUUCCGUUUUGAGUGUUCUGCCUGAGAUUAAGCUCCCAGAAAAUUUUACUCCCAAGUUUCAUACCCACAAUAGCUGAGUUUUGCUAUUAGGCAUAAAGGUGACCAAAUGGUAGCCCUCCACCUGCUGUGUAUCUUCACUCAUUGCACUAGUGUCUUGAGAUGUGUGAUUUUAAACUUGCCAGCCACACAAUCCGGGAGUCGUAUGGGUGUAGCCCCCAAGUUGUUCUCAAACUGCAUUUCAGGCCGGUAAAGUAAUCCAGGAGUUUCAGUUCUAUAACAACACAAGUGGCAGCGUGUUUACCCCCUCUCAUCUAAUAUUGUCCUGAUCCCUCUGCACCCCAGGAGAGCUGGCUGCGCUGUGAGUGUGGAAAGCUGGGGAAAUGCUGAGUUUGCGAGAUGAUCCAGAGAUAAAGGAACUCCUGACAUGGCAUAGUAAAUACACAUAAGGAGGCAAUAAAGGCAGCAUGCUUAACCCCCCCUCCCCCCCCACCCACUAUUUCUCUUAAUUUUGUAUGUUUUUGCCAAAGGAUUUAUUACCAAUGGAUCAAAGGUUAAUGCUUUCCUUACAGUUUCUGUCCAGAUGUAAAUCUACAUUGCUCAUGCUGUUUGCAUCCUUUCUGGGAAUCCUCUCAUUUCUGUAAAUGUAUGGAUCCAUUCACUAACGCUUACAAAAGGGAAUCAUUUGUAGGGAGAAAGGGUCUUCUGCUGAAAGCUGGUCGGUGCGGACAAAACAUGGAGGGGGUCAGGAUAAUAAAGUGAUAAUGGCCCUAUACUAGAGGAUUCUACACAGUGUUUAAGACUUCUAUGUACUAUUGACCAUAUACUACGCUGCAUGUGCACACCUCCUGACGGUUCUGUAGAUCUCAGCAUGGUGUCCCAUAAUGCUUAGCAUGCAGCUGUGAUCAAGCUAUUGUGGGAAGCCAAGGAUAAAUUUGCAGGAACGUACAGAUGGUGGAAUCCCAAAGCCCAAAUCAAGAAGCAGAUUAUCAGGAAGUACAGCACUUAAUCAAUACAUGUGCAGGUAGUACAGUACUACAUGCUAUUUCCUCUGGGUUUUUGUUUUGUACCCAAUAUUUUGGAACGUGGAUGUGGCAUUAAUAAAGUUUCUGACUACUGCCCACAUUCCCCCACCCCCGUUCUAGCAUAUCUACCUUCCCAUUGCAAUUUACACCUUUUUGAUUAUUGUUGUUGGUUAAUGUUACUUGGUCUCUGAUUGUCAGCCUCCCGUUCUGUGUUUAGCUGGUCUAUAUAGGUUUCGCUCCAGAUGCAGCAGAGGCAGCACUCAAGAUUUUCCAAGGGAACAUUGAAUUAGCCGCUCAGAUCUUGACUCAUCAUCAAGGUGCUCUACCUCCUCAGCUACUGCAAGAGCUGGAGAAAGCUCCUCCAGAAAAAGAGACCUCGUCGUCUUCAGAGACCUCCUUGUCAUCUUUAGAGUCUCCAGGUAACCAAUGCCUCUGUCUCCAUUAAUUAUAUCAAACCUAUUAUAUCUGCCAAUGAUAUACGGCAGGUUGCUUCCACACUGUCAUUCAAGUUCUGAUUGUGCAUAAUACUCAGAACGACCGGCGGAUGCAUAUUAGGGACUUUUACUUUGACUUGGUGAAUAGUAGCUCUGUUUUGAAUGGAAAUAAACUGUACAAAAAAGAUGGUUUGCAUCUUUCUCAAAAGGAAACAAAUGUUCUCAGUGAGCGGUUCAGAGCUUUUUCUAGGAUGUAUUUAAACUAGUAAGGGUAGGGCAAAAGGGUGAUAAAACAUCAACCUAAUUGCUCCCCAAAACAAGGACAGAAGGUGCCUGUAGCAAAUGUGUUUAAAAAAAUUAUAAGCUUAGAGUCAUGUCUACAAAUGCUCGCAGCUUAGGGAAUAAGAUCCAUGAACUUGUGGCAAAAAUGGAAACUGAUAGUGUAGAUUUAGUCGCUGUUACUGAGACAUGGUAUAAUGAGAAAAAUGAGGGGGACAUAGCAAUACCAGGGUACUCUUUAUAUAGAAAAGACACAGAAGGCAAGAAAAGGGAGGGGUGACCCUGUAUGUGAAGGAUAGCUUAAAAUCUAGCCUAAUAAAAGUUAGUAAGGUGAACAUAGAGUCUGUUUGGGUUACGUUAGAAUUUGGUAAUCACACAGUAACUCGUGUAGGUAUGAUUUAUAGGUCACCAGGAUAAAUUGAAGAGUUAGAUAAUCUACUAGUUGAGGAAAUAGCUAAAAUGACAAUGAAGGGGGAAGUUAUCAUCAUGUGUGACUUUAAUCUUCCUGAUGUAAACUUGAAAACCAAAAUAGCUGCUUGUGCCAGGAGCACACACAUUCUAAACUCCCUACUGGGAUUGUCUCUAAAGCAAGUCGUUGAGGAGCCAACUCGUAAGGAGGCCAUACUAGAUUUAGUGUUAACACAUGGAUAUUUGGUGUCAGAUAUUACUGUAGGUGAAAGUUUAGGAUCCAGUGAUCAUCAGUCAGUGUGGUUUAAUAUAAGAACAGUGACUGAGUCACACCACAUAAAAACAAAGUUUUAGACUUUAGAAAAACAGACUUUUCUAAAAGUCGAAUAUGUGUAAAGGAGUCAUUAUCAGACUGGAGCAAUUUAAAUGGAGUCCAAGAGAAAUGGGAUUAUUUAAAAGUUGCAGUGCUGAAGGCAACAGAAAAUUGCAUUAGGCUUGUCAGUAAAAGCAAAACAUUUAAGAAACAACUGUGGUACUCCGCAGAUGUGGCCAAAGUGGCUUUUAAAACUGUUGCACAUAGAAGGCUUAUCAAUAAAAUGCAAUCUUUAAGUUUGGAUUCCAGUAUCGUUGAAUGGGUAAGGCAGUGGCUGAAUGACAUGCAACAGAGGGUUGUAGUCAAUGGAGUAUAUUCGAGCAUGGACUUGUCAUCAGUGGGAUACCUCAGGGAUCUGUACUUGGACCCAUUUUCUUUAAUAUUUUUAUUAGUGAUAUUGCAGAAGGUCUUGAUGGUAAGGUAUGUCUUUUUGCUGAUGAUACGAAGAUAUGUAACAGGGUUGAUGUUUCAGGAGGGAUAAGCCAAAUGGCAAAUGAUUUAGGUAAACUAGAAAAAUGGUCAGAGUUGUGGCAACUGACAUUUAAUGUGGAUAAGUACAAGAAACCCAAGGGCAGAGUACAGAAUAUUUGAUAGAGUCCUAACCUCAAAAUCUGAGGAAAGGGAUUUAGGGGUAAUUAUUUCUGAUGACUUAAAGUUAGGCAGACCAUUUAAUGGAGCAGCAGGAAAUGCUAGCAGUAUGCUUGGUUGUAUAGGAAGAGGUAUUAGCACUAGAAAGAGGGAAGUGCUCAUGUCAUUGUACAGAACACUGGUGAGACCUCACUUGGAGUUUUGUACGCAGUACUGGAGACCGUAUCUCCAGAAGGAUAUUGAUACUUUAGAGAGAGUUCAGAGAAGGGCUACAUAACUGGUUCAUGGACUGCAGGAAAAAACUUACAAGGAAAGGUUAAAGGAUCUUAAUAUGUAUAGCUUGGAUGAAAGACAUGACGGGGGGCGGGGGGUAUGAUAGAAACAUUUAAAUACAUAAAGGGAAUUAACACCGUAAAGGCUAUCCUAGCUAUAAGAUAAGGCCAGGGACUAAUAAGAAUAUUUAAAAAAUUGGGCAGACUAGAUGGCCGAAUGGUUUUUACCUGCCAUCACAUCGUAUGUUUCUAUUUAACUGUAUUUUUACACGUUACUUUACAGUAGAGAGAGGAAACGUAUAUAGAAAUAACGGAGUACUCUGCACUGUCACGAUCGCACCCUACUUCAAGAGUGUGCGUGACGUAGUUGUGGUGGCGAAGGGGUUAAAGUUCACUAUUUGCCUGCACUAGACUGGACAUAAUGACAAAAUCCCACUUGACACCACCCGCACUUAAGCAUAAUAAUAUAAAUAUUACUAUUUUAACGCUGCCACCACCAAGAAAAUUUAUAACUGGGGUGCCUUGGUUACCCAGGUAAAUCAAUAAUAAAAACCCACCACAAUAUCUAAGCAAUUGCAAACCACUAAUUAGUCUCUUCAGGUAACGUGAUUCUUGGAUUUCAUCCAUGCAAUGUAUGAAUUUUACGUACUUUAAUACAGCCGUUUUAUGAGGAAAUAGCUUGCAAUAGAUAAGAUGCAAGCUACAUUACAUCUUAAAAAAUAAUAAUAUGCUGAAUACAUAUUUUGUACUUUUUUUUUUUUUUUUUUUUCCUCUGAUUUGUAAAGGGACCAGUACAUCAAGUGUCGGUGAAUCAGACAUUGAUCCAGUCAAGGAAAUUCUGGAUGAUAUCCCGGAGCACGAAGAGGAUUAUCUGGACCUGACUUUAGAGGAAGAAGGAAGAGUCCUUGCGGAAUAUCUUUCUUACUUAGAAAAGCUACAAGGUGUGGGUGCUUCAUGAUUCUACCAGAAGGAAAUCUGAUUGCAGUGAUUAAAGCCGUAGUACUCUGUGGCAAUCUUUUUACGCAUCAUUUUAAGGUUCUUUAUGAAUACUUCUGCUUUAUACUAUUUUUUUUUGCAAUCUAGAUGUGGGAGCAAUACUUUAGCUUUAAUGUGGGUUGUGCUAUUUUAUAUUAAAAAUAAACAACAAGGACAGUUUUUAUGCCAAUUCUGGUUAAAAUUGCACUUUGGAUGGUGCCAGGGCACAUGCCGCACUAUGAAGGAAUGUCCUAAUGUAGCACUUCUGUAACUUUUUAAGCUUCUUAGGGAGGUGAUGCCGCCUGGACCCCGGAGUGUGUGUUCUAUUUCUCUGCUGCACUCUUCAGCCCAGUAAGUACUUUUUUAGUAUAUAUACUGGGUUUGAAGAAACACUAUAUAGUUAGGAAUACAAAAGUGUAUUCCCAACGCCAUAGUGUCCCUAUGCACUAAAAUGAUUGUAACCGCAAUGUUUCGGCUGUGUGUCUUCAUCAAGCAAUCUGGUAGACAGCCACUAGAGGCAGUCUUAACCAUUUAAUGUAAACAUUGCAGUUUUUCUGAAAAUGCGGGGUUUUACGUUGAAGGGUUAAGAUGGACAGGGACACUGCACCCAGACCACGUCAAUGAGAUGAAGGAAUUAGGAACUGUGAAUUCUUUAGGUAGCCGUACUGAAAAACCAGCACAAACAAAUGGGAUAAAAAAAAAAAAAACUGUUCCAUUUGUAUUUUUGACUAUUUUAUUUUCCAAAAGAGUUUAAAGCAACAUGGACAUUAGUGUUAAUAUAUUAAGUUAUGUAUUUUUCUAUCUAUAGUUGUAGUUGUAUUGCUCCUCUUUAAAAGAAGCACUCCAGAAAAGUUACAAGUUUCAUAGCAAUAGUAACCUUUACGUAGCAUCGUAAUCAAGGGGAAUGUUCUGCUUCUAUGACCUUGUGUCCAUUCGUGACUUUGUGUGAAUCUUUACUUAACCCCUUAAGGACCAAACUUCUGGAAUAAAAGGGAAUCAUGACAUGUCACACAUGUCAUGUGUCCUUAAGGGGUUAAAGGUACAGUAACAUCUCAUCUGUAGUCUGUUUUGGGAUCAUACCAUCCAUAGCAAUAUGGUACAAGUUUGAGGCUGCGUAGACAGCCUUUUGAUGGUGGAUAGGGGGAGUUGUAAAAAUAGAGCCAUUUUGUGUUGUGCUCUAGGGAAGCUUUCCUUAUGAGAAGUUACUCACAAUUAAUUAAACAUCACAAAAAUGUUGCUAUCCUUCAAAUGUUUAACAUGCAGAAUUCUGUAAAACCUUAUAAUGCACAUUUUUGACAUUGAGGUUGAGGUGCAAGCGAUGGCAGUGUUUAUGUAUUUUGCUGUCAAAAGCUGAAAAUUUCUCUCCAUAUUUCAGAGGUGGGAAUGUACUAAAAGCCUGGCUUAGCAUCACAGAAAAGCCAUACACAAGCUUCUGUGUCAAAGGUUCUACAUCUCUGCCGAUAUAAAAGGCUUUUUAAUACCAUUCCGAUUCAGCGUAUAUUUUAUCAGAGUCAAAUCUAUUCCUUUUACUGAGAUUAGUGCAGGUCUUCUUUAUAUUGGAACACUACCAAACCGUUAUCCCAGGCUUGGUUUAAUCAUUUACUUGGCAAACUAUUUGGCAGUUCUGCGCAUGGUUCAAAACCAAUUCACUCCAGUUCUGGAAAUAUCAAAUGUGGCAAACUUUUUAUUUGUUCUAAUGAACGUGGUCAUAACCCCUGUUGGGUCUGGAAAGGUCUGAUAGCAAGAACUAUGUCUAUGAAUUGUUACUAGCUCCUAGCUCCGCACAGUAUUCAUGUAUCAAUGAGGAAAUUCUUAAAUCCAAAAAGCACAAAAAUAAAUUAAAGUAAAUCUGACCAGAAAACUUGGCACUUUGACUUUAAACGACCCGACCACUUAUCUGUUAGAAUAAAUGACUGUUCAUUAAAACUGCACCCUGAGUGUUCCAGCAUACCUCCCAACAAUUAAAUUGAGUGGUUUGCACGGGACAAUACAUUCGAGACAUAGUUGACAAAAGGAGCAAUUUGUACAGAAAGCAGCAAACCAUUCAAUCACUCGAGAAUAUAGAUCGUUUAAUAUUUUUAAACAGCCUCUGGUACAAUCAGAGGUGCUCUUGUGAGCAGGAUUUGGGUGUUUUUAUUCGUUUUUCUUGCUCCUCCUUUGAUGUAUUUACACCGGUAAAACACGAUGGUGCACAAGUCUUAACUUGGUAGUUACCAUUACGGAAUAUAUGUAAAGGUUAUGACUUGCUUUUUUUUGUUGAAAAUUCAUACGUUUUAAUAAAAUGUAGCAAUGACGGCUACAAGAAGACCUCAUUUUCAAAUGUCUUAAAGGUUUUGCUUCUAAUCGUUACUCUGGCUACUUCAGAUCCUCAACCAGUCGGACUCCAGCUAGACUUUCCGUCAUGUCAGUGACAAUAAAAUGCACACUUUAGACUUGACUAUCGCUAUAUCACUAUAUCCACUGUUUGACAUAAAAUGGCAUUGUGGAACAGUAAAAAUAACAUUUCCCAACUUUUACAUGCAUGUUGUUUAUCUUAAUAUUCACUAUAAAUUUAUCCUAACCGAAGUUUAAUCAUCACUGUUUUAAACCAUACAUAUUUUUGUCCAUCAUUGCAGUUUCUUAAUCUGCUCUAGUGACACAAAAGUGUGAAUUGUUGAAGCAAACAUUAAUGUAAAAUGUUAUUUCCCCCGAUUAUCCAAAACGAGUCGGCUAUCUUUCUAAUUUCAUUAUUUCACCCUAAAUUCACUUUCAGUUCCUGACAAUUCUUCAGUGAAUAACCCUGUUUGGAAUCACUUUAAUUCACUCCUAACAAUAUUUGCUGAUGUUUUAUUAAAUGUAUCUAGUUUUGAGGUAUGUUGGUCUCUAGAUGAAAAGAAAGACUUAUUUAAUGUACUCAAAAUACAAGUGCCUUAUUCUGUGAAAAUAACCACUUCACACAUCUUAUUUUUUUAAUUUUUUUUUUUAUUGAAUUUAUGUGGCAUAAUUUGCACAGUUUUUGUAGUUUUAUUCCUAAUUGUAAAUAGAUGAAAAGUGAGUAAUAUAUUUCUGUAUAGAAUAAUAAUUGAACCCAUUUUGAAAGAUGUCUGCUUCCGGUUUGCUAGACACCCCACAUCUGAAAAUAUUUUGAGAUAGUAACUUUCAAAUGACCGUUUAUAUACUUAUGGGGGAACCAUUUUGCUAGACCAACUGUUUCAGGGAAUAUGGUCAUUUAAACAUAUAAUUUCAAGUAAUUUUGAAACAUUUAAGUAAAACCAAAAUUUCUAUAAUUUAAUAUUUAAAUCCAUUUUCUAACACCGCCGGAACAUGCCCUUUCAGGGAAUGCGAUUCUCUACAGAUUUUUUCAAACAAUUUUGCAAACGCAACCACUAUAUGUUUAGAUGCCCUUUUUUCAAGGCUUUUUCUAUAAACUAACCCACGAAACACAUUUUUAAGGGUCACCUGUUUCGCAUAUUCUGCAAUACAAAUAUCUGUAGCCAGUCAAAAGAACAACUGUCUGGUAGUAGACCCAUCCACAAUUUCAUUUUACAUCAAAUUUAUUUUACUUUACAAAAUAAAACCUAUAAUGACGCUUUCUUGUAUCUGUGUUGUAAUGAACAGUAUUUGUUGUUUUAAAAUCAGCUUUUCCAGAGGAAAGAAAAACCUAAUUAAACACAACCUUGGCACAUUGUAGGGUUAAUAAAUGCCAUAUUCCAAUGUUUGAUACAAUUUUUAUUUCACUUUGAAAUCUUUUUCCCAGUAUAAAUAAAGUAUGAAAAUAAAUUCAUGAUUGUGUAAUCUGCUGGAGAUUCAUUGUUUUAGUCAAGUGUGGUUUAAAAAUCCAAAUAAUGUUGAAAUCAUUAUUUCAUCACUUGUAAAAUCUACGCAGUUGAAGUAAUCAUUUUUUUCCAUAUAUAUCCGAUAGCCGUUUGUGCUUAAUGUGAUUUUUAUCCAAUGAUUUCAAACUAAAUUGGUAAUAUGAGUAUUUAAACCCACAGUAGUGCUACUUUGUGUUUUGACAUAUUCUAUAGAAAGGAAAUAUGUGCAUGUAAGCAAUUUUGUUAUAUAGAUUAAUAUUUCCUUUGUGAUAUGUGCCAGCUUGUUUUUAGACCAUUAUUGUUCUUAAUUGCUUUCAAAACCUAUUAAAAUGAGUAAAAUACAAUUCUGCCCGUGGUGUCCUGGUUUUUAAUGUGCCCCAAUCUUCAAUUGACAACCUCUGCCAUAAAGGGCCAUUUGAUGUAUAGAUCAUGCCCCAUGCAGUCUCGCUGCUCAAUUAUCUGCUUUUUAGGCACUAAAUCACAUUGUUUAUGCAUCCCUGGUCCCAUCGACUCUGAUUGAGACUCACACAGGUCCCCCUACACACUUCUUGUAAAGAGAGAUCAAAUUUUUUAUAUUCCUUUUAUUACACAGUAUGUUUAAAGGACCACUAUAUGCACCCAGACCACUUCAGCUCAAUGAAGUGGUCUGGGUGCCAGGUCCUUCUAGGUUUAACCCUGCAGCUGAAAACAUAGCAGUUUCAUAGAAACUGCUAUGUUUCACUGAGGGUUAAUCCAGCCUCUAGUGGCUGUCUCACUGACAGCCGCUAGAGGCGCUUCCGCGAUUCUCACUGUGAAAAUCACAGUGAGAAGCCGCUGGACGUCCAUAUGAAAGCAUUGAGUAAUGCUUUCCUAUGGGCGGUUUAAAUGCACUUGCGUCAACGUCAGCAGAGGGAGGAGAAUUCCCCAACACCGAGGGAACCCGGCGCUGGAGAAAGGUAAGUGGCUGAAGGGGUUUAAACCCCUUCAGCCCACCGGGAGGGGGACCUAAUGACCCUAUAGUGCCAAGAAAAAGUGGUCCUUUAACCUUCUCCCUAGCCGGCAGUUUGGAGGAAUGAGGGGAUUCUAAUGCGGACUUGGUAACUGCUGCAUGGGAAGAAGGAAGAAGUCCCUGCUUCCUCAACAACCAACUACUUCCACUCCCUCUUCCAGCCAUAAUGGAAAGAGGUAAGUGUGUGUGUGAGACACUGUGACUGCCUGCCCUUGUGACUGCGUGCCUGUGUCUGUGUGUGUGACUGCAAUUGUGUGUUGCUUUAGCUGUGCCUUUGUGUGACUAUCUGCCUUUAACUGAGUGUGUGUGCCAAUCAGCGUAUGUGAGUGUCUGCCUGUAACUGAAUGUGUGUGACUGCUUGUAAUGGAGUAUGUGUGACUGUUUGCUUGUGAGGGUCUGUCUGUGUGACUGUCUGCUUGUAACUGUGUGUUUGUCUCUGUGACUGUUUGCCUGUAACUGAGCAUGUGUGACUGACUGUCUGCCUGUAACUCUGUGUGUGUGUGACUGCCUGUUACUGAGCAUGUCUGACUGUCUGCUUGUAACUGUUUUUGUGACUGUGUGCCUUUGUGUGACUGUAUAC